CACGUACACAGUACCUCGUAGACGUACACACUUACUCGUCACUGUUAUUUUGUGGAAGCUGUCUUGGGCGACGGUACAUUUUAGGUCCCUUAAACAUCUUAAGUUCGAACUUACGAAGAGGAAGAUGAAGCUUUUUGCCAAGAUCGUCGUGAUCAUCGUCAUUGUGACAGUGGCUGAUUCCGCAAGGAAGAAACCAACGAAAUGCAACGAGAAGAAGUUUGAUGUUGCGGGCUGUGUCCCCGAAGUGUGUCCUAAAGAACAGCCGGUAUACAACUGCUUGGUUGACCCCUGUGAGGGGAAAACCUGCCCUGGCACCCCUGAUGCUCAAUGUGUGGCUAACUACUGCGGUGGCUGCAAUGCCGAGUUCUACACCUGUGGAUGCGUGCCAGCCUGUUGUGGAGGCCAUAAUCAACCAUGUGACACCGGACUGCCACACGCAAGCGAGGACGACUGCGCAUGCCAGGGAGACUUGGUGUGUUGUGCCAACGAGGAUGACUUCCGUACGGGGACGUGCCUAACCCAGCAAGAGGCGGACAAGAAGGGAGACAUCUGUAACCCUUCCAUCCGUGGUUGAAACUUACAACGCUUAGCUUCACCUUUAUCCGUAGGGUAACCUUUAUCCGCAGGGGAACCUUUAUCCGUUGUUCGUAAAAUCAACAUUCAGAACCAGGCAGGGAUGAGUCCGCAAAGACGGUGGUUUCAAAUUGCAAUAUUUUCAAAAUAUUGCAGUUGCUUUAAAAAUAGCCCAACAUCCGGAUACUUGAUAUCCCUAAAUAACGAUUUUAAAAGACAACGGCUAUAGGACAUUACCCCGGGAAUAAAAGUGAAGGAGGCGUAAAUGAAUACCGUGACUGAUCUAAGGAGAUUCUAUCAAUUAAAGAAGCAAACUUAGACUCUAAUGUCUAACACGAAAUUCAAUUUUCCAAAACCCAUAACUUUAGCAUUUGUGACAAAAUUUGUCAUUGGGCAAUCUACAGUAAGAAUAAUUCUUAGACCACAGCAUGUUAAAAUUUAUGGAGGACGCUUGUUAAUUUUUGUCUGAUUUCAGAAGAAAAAUCUUUUCUUCUUUGAAUAUGGUUUACAUGACAAGAAAUGACCCAAAGGGACAAUAAAUUGUGUUGUAGCCUUAGAU